CCGGGUUUUAUGUCCCUCCUUUGAACCCGUAUUUGGAAAUACGUCAUCAAAACAGUCACACUCGCAUGGAUGGGGAGUCCGCGUUGAAGAGUGUCUGACCUUCAGUUGAUCAGUUAUUAAAUACAGUUCAUUCAUACCUUGAUAACAGACUCAAUAUGUCGGUGAAUAAGGCAUCGGUCCAUGCCAAAUGGAUCAUUGGCAAAGUUGUCGGCACCAAAAUGCAGAAGACGGCCAAAGUUCGAGUGACUCGAAUGGUCCUGGACCCAUACCUUCUCAAGUUCUACAACAAGAAGAAGACAUACUUUGCUCAUGAUGUCUUGCAGCAGUGCACUGUGGGUGACAUAGUUCUUUUGAAGGCCCUAACAGAGCGCAGGUCCAAACAUGUGAAACAUGAACUGGCAGAGAUUGUGCAUAAAGUAGGGAAAGGAGUGGACCCUCUGACUGGGAAGAGGGUUGCAGGAACAGAUUUCUUGGAGCCCCUAAGCAACCCCACACAGCACCUUGAUCAGGAGAUAACGUUAAUGGAGAAAUUACAGGAGCUUAACAUCUCUGCCGCCUCUUCAGACAACAGCUCUGCUUGUACAAAACCAGCCUCUUCUUCUGCAGCAACAACAGUCUAACGUUCAUUUUUUUGAAAUAUGUAUUUGGUGUUGUGAAUAUUUUGUUAUCAUGCUAUUUCAGAUUAAAUUCAGUGUGCUACUU